AUGCAAGUGUCGUACAGGAAGAGGCUGCAGGCCAGUGCUGGGAGACUGCAGGAUCAGGACCUGCGUCAGCCCAGGCCUCAGUUCCACCUGGAUCUAUGGGCCGUGUUCCUGCUCCAGGCCUGGUUUCUGGAUUUGGGACGGGCUGUGGUCAUGUUUCUGGAGCGCAGUCCCAGGAGCUUCCCGGACUUCCUUCUUCACCUGGGCAUCACCGCGGUCGCCAUGGGAACCACGGCUCACCUGGUGACGGACGCGGUGACGCUGCGUUUGGUUGCCGCCGGUUACAACCUACACCUGUCAAUCAGAGAGAACAAGCUCAUGAAGGACCUCACAGCUCCAGAAAUGGUCGACGCAUUCGAGCUCCUGGGUUACUAUGGUGAUACAGUGGGUCAUGUGACAUGGUCUCUCUCCUUCUUCCUGGUCCUGUUCCUUUACUUCGGAGGAUGUUUCUGUCACAAAAAGCAGCAGCAGGAAAGUUCCAGAUGGAGCUGGAUCCUCGUCCUGCCGACAGCACUCUACAUCUGGUUUGUUGUGACAGAACGACAGACUUUUGUCCUCUUCUUGUUCACGUGUUUCGCCAUGGUCGCCACGGUGAUGCGACAGAGGGGGCGGGGCUUGGUGACCGACAGCAACGGAAGCUUUAUGAUCCUCAGGUCCUCAUUCUUCACCUGUAGCUUCACCUUCUCCAGUAUGACACAGAUGGAGGUAUCUACAGCUCUAGAUCUUGUGCUCCACAGUUUCUUCCUGGCGCUGCUGCUUGUAGUUCUGUGGUCGACCUGUUGGUGGCGUGACUCCGUCCUGAGGAGGAAACACAAAGGUCUUCUGUUCGUGCCACAGCCCAGAACUAUCUGCAGCCUCCACCUGCACCAGAGGCAGUGA